AAGCAGUUGGACGUCUCGUAUCCUCGUAUCGUGCUCGUAUCAGCCGCUUGAAGCGCUUGAAGGUGAAGGCGUAAAGGCGUAAACACACUGCUCUCGCGGUUUCUCACACUAAUUCUGCUCCCCGCAGGUUUAAAUCGUUUAAAUCGCAAUUAUGUUCGGGCUUCGUGCAACAAACAUCGCCUUGCGCAGCCUAGUGGGCCGAGCCACAACGAGCCGGGCCAAGCACACAUUGCCGGACCUGCCGUACGACUACGGGGCCCUGGAGCCCGUGAUCUCGGGGGACCUGAUGCGGGUGCACCACCAGAAGCACCACGCCGCCUACGUGAACAACCUGAACGCCGCAGAGGAGAAGCUGGCCGACGCCCUAGCCAAGAACUGUGUUCGGAGCAUUGUGUCCUGUUCCAUGGCCAUCAAGUUCAAUGGCGGAGGCCACCUGAACCACAGCAUCUACUGGACGAACCUUUCGCCCAAUGGAGGAGGAGAACCGACUGGUGACCUCCUGGAAGCCAUCAAGAAGGACUUUGGGAGCUUUGAGGCCCUCAAGGCGCAAAUGUCUGCCAGGGCCGUGGGAGUGCAGGGCUCGGGCUGGGCCUGGCUGGGCUACAACCCCAAGACGCAGAGGCUGCAGGUGGCCACCACGGGGAACCAGGACUCCCUCUGGGACACCGAGGGACUGGUGCCCCUGUUCACCAUUGACGUGUGGGAGCACGCCUACUACCUGCAGUACCGCAACGUCCGACCAGACUACGUCAAGGCCAUCUGGGACAUUGCCAAUUGGAACAACGUGGCGGAGCGCUUCCAGAAGGCCCAUGCCGAAUGAGAGCCCUCUCUCCCCCCUCGCAGUUAGUGUACACGGGAAGUAAAGACUUGUCCAGAUUGCA